AUGGGUCGGGAAGAGCAGAAAGAGGAGCGUGAAGUGCUCGAUUCCAUUUUCCCAGAGGAAAUUCAGGAUGUCUCAGACACAGAGUACCGGAUAUCAAUAAAACUGGAGCCUCCAAAGGAGUCGGAGGACGAGAGCGAAGACCCAACGAUCAUCCUGAACGUUCGAUAUCCGGAGGCAUACCCAGAUGUCGCACCGAUGUUAGACAUUACCCAACCACCCAACGCGCCCAAGCAUCAACAUCUCGACAUCCAGGGAGACAAGGCACAGUUGCUGGAAGCUUUGCAACCUACGAUCGAGGAAAGCAUGGGCAUGGCAAUGGUGUUCACGCUCGUCAGCACGCUCAAAGAUUCGGCAGAGCUUCUCAUGAGCGAGCGGCAGCAAGCAAUACAGGCACAGAAAGACUCCGAGGCGGCAAAGGCGGAAGAAGAGGAGAACAAGAAGUUCGAGGGAGAGAAGGUGACGCGCGAGACCUUCCUAGCCUGGCGAGAGAAAUUUCGGCGAGAGAUGCAAGAGGAAGCGGCGCGGAAGCAGGCUGAAGAAGAGGCAGAAGACAAGAAGAAACGCGGCGGGAAGGCGGAGGAGAAGAAGUUGACCGGGAAGCAGCUCUGGGUGCAGGGCAUCGCUGGAAAGACUGCGGAUGAAGAUGAGGAGGGAGAAGACGCAGUGGAGGGCAUUCGGGAGCUGAAGGUCGAAGGCUGA